AUUGGGUACAAAGGGUAAAAAACAAGGAAACCCGCAGCACAUUUUUAAUCCCUUUAUUUUCCACAGGAAACUCACAAAUAAGGAUUUGAUCUUCUAGAGGAAAAUUGAGAUUUCAAACAUGAAGCUUCCUUGGCUCUUGAUACUGAACACAACUCUUUUUGUACAUUCAGUUGUUACUGAAAACCAAAAUAUUUCUCCAACGGUCAAGAGCAUGAAAUCUGCAAAAUCUAAUUUCUCUCUCCCUUCUGAUCAAAACAAAAACAUAUCUGUAUUACAUCUCAAUUAUAGAAACAUUACUCUAAAUAAGAAUGAAAUAACAUUCCUUCACAAGCAUAUUGAUACCAUAGAACUAUACUUGAGCAAUAACACCAUUGCUGUUCUACGUAAUUGCAGCUUUGAUGGGCUUUCAAAACUAGCAAUUCUGGAUCUCAGUAAUAAUUCUAUUGCAAUAGUAGAGCAAGCAGCAUUUUCUGGUUUAAACAAACUAACAGCAUUGUAUCUUCAGAAUAAUAAAAUUGAACAAAUUGAGCCUAAUACUUUUGCAUUACUAGGGAGCUUGAAGAUCUUGAAUCUACAAAAUAACUACCUGGCCUAUUUGGAUAUUAAAAUACCACUUAGUUUAAACAGGAUUGCAUUAAGUGCAAACCCAUGGAGUUGUUCAUGUGACCUCUUCAGAUUUCAGAAUUGGCUGAAUAACACCAAUGCAACUAUGGAAAAUGAGAACAAUACCGUGUGCUCUUCCCCAAAGAGUUUGAAAAAUAAUCCUAUCAAAAGCGCAUUUCUACCAAACUGCCAGAAAAGAGAGAUAACCGAAGCAACUUCCAUAUCUUCUGCUUCUAUUGUUUCAAGCAAUAAUACUGAAUUGGCUGCAUAUAAUGGUACCGAUAAAAAGUCAUUAUCUUCAGGCAGUGCCAAAGUUACGAACAAGACAGAUACUGGAAGUUUGUUCUUAGAUUGAAUUUGUAUGAAAGUUGGAACAGGUACAUUUUAAAGUGUAAUUGGAUUUUGAAUCAAUGGAUACAUACAUAUAAAAUUCACUUUUGGAAUUAAUGCAGUUGCGAAAGUAGCAACUGUGCCUGAAAUUAACAUUAACAGCAUUUAUCUCAUAACAGAUUAGGUUAAUCUAAAAUAUUGAAAAUAAAAGAUGCAUAAUGAAUUGCAAAAAGCAUAUUCUUAUUCAAUUUAUCAGGAUUUUAAUGUUCUGCACUUUGAUGUCAUAGAAACCACUGUCUUGCUCUUUAUCCUUCUCUUAUACAUCUCUAAGAUCAGGAGAUAUUUUUAAUGUUAGAAAGACAAGUGGACAUUGAAAUAAGUGCUGCUUCAUAAUAGCUGUAGUAUUUCUAGUGUUAACUAUUGUUAAAAAAAUCUAAAGCUUGAAGGGACACAUAUGCCAUCAGGUUCCUCAGAACAAAUAUAAACAAGGACCAGGAAGCAAUACUAUAACAACAUAGGAAACACUGCUAUGAAGUCUACAGUUUUGAAAUGUUUCAUUCAGUUACUUACUUUUGUCUUUCUGUAAAUAUAAUGUCGAUUCCUUGGGCUUCACGAUCAUUUUGUGCUUUCAGCUAUUAAAAUGACAAAAGCCAUCAGUAACUUCAUCCUAAUAACAGACAUAUUUCUAGUGCCAAUGCAAUGGUUGCCAUUUCUGUUUUCAUUUCUUUUAUUCUACUAUAUUUAUUAUUACAGCUUAUAAGCUAUGAACCAGACUGUGAUAAAUGAAUAUAAACCAGAAAUUGGGGCAAUUUCAAAUAUGACUUGAUGGAAUGGCUGGUAUAGUAAGUAAGUUGUGCAUGCAAACAACAGAAACUUCUUUAUUAAAUGAAGUAACAGAUCUCUGCAAACCUUUAUUUAUACCAUGCCCCUGACAGGUUUUGGGGAAAGCUUACAAUAAAAUAAAUUAAAACAAAAAAUAAACCCAGUACUUGCAUUAAGUCCACUGAAGUUAAUGAUAUUUAAACCAAAUACGAUGUACGUGAGCCCCUCUGAUUUCAAUGGAGCUAUUUUAAAUAUGUCCCAACUCUUGUUUGAAACAAAAUACUCUAGCCUAUCAGCUGUUAGGAUUUGUGGGAGUUGAAGUCCAAAACACCGGGAGGUCUGAAGUUUGCCUAUGCCUGCUCUAUAUGAUAUGCUAUUCACCUAAGAAUAUGUGUAGAGUAGUCUGUUCCUGGGUUCAUAAAACCUCAAACUUUUUGUUGUGUGCUUUUAAGGCCUUUCUAAUUUAUGAAAACUCUAAGCUAAACAAAUCACAAGAUUUUCUGGGUCUCAGAGCAUGUGACUCAUCCAAGGUCACACAGUAGGUUUCUACAGCUGAGUGGGGAAAACAGGUUGCGAGAGAUGUAGUUCAAUGCUGAAUUAAGUGAAUUCAUAUAUUUCACAAUGCAUCAGAGGAAUCUUUCUAUCCAAUGUUUGCUUCAAUGAUAAAAUAUUUCAUUUUUGUAUCACUUUUCAUUGCCAUUUGGGGAGAAAUAAAUAUUGCACUUCCUUUGGGUUGUUAUCCAACAUUUGUAAUAUUUGGAGAAUUUCACAUUUCCUUGAAAGGAUUUAUAGGAUGCCAUUUUCAAAAUGGUAUUUUAGACAACUGUUCCAUCUAAAGGGGAAAGCAGGUUCACAUUUUUGAGAAUUAACUACAAGUUUAAAUCGAUCAGUGCAAAUGCCAGACCAAUAAUGUGUUGGAGCUUCCUCCUCCUCCCUCCUUCCCAAUGCAGCCCUCUAUGUUAUCAGAAAAUCUCUGAGAGAUUUUCCAGUCCUGUAGAGCAGGUUUGGGGGAUACACAUAGGACUGCAGAGGGAAUUCUCCCUUUCCAGCUCCAUUUUUUUCAUGUCAGGAGCGACUUGAGAAACUGCAAGUUGCUUCUGGUGUGAGAUAAUUGGCCAUCUGCAAGAAUGUUGUCCAGGGGAUGCCCAAAUGUUUUUAAUGUUUUACCAUCCUUGUGGGAGGCUUCUCUCAUGUCCCCGCAUGGGGACCUGGAGCUGACAGAGGGAGUUCAUCCGUGCUUUCCCUGGAUUUGAAGCGGCAACCUUCAAGACAGCAGUCUUGCCGGCACAAGGGUUUUUAACCCAUUGGGGGCUCAUCCAGCUCCAUUGAAAGAGUAGUUCAAUCAAUGAAUAACAUUGUAUCCUGGGCCAAACAGUCCUCUUCUAUAGAGUUUAAACACCAUCAAUGGAAAUUUCAAGUAGGAAUCAUGCAAAUGCUCUAGUCAUCAGUAGGGUAAAACAGUAAUCUUAACACUUACCAAAUUAUAGUCACUCAUUACUUCUUCCAUAUCGGUAUUGGUGUUAAGUUUAUCCACCAGCUAAAACAAAACAGAAAUCUAAUUAAUUGUUGCAUAACAGUAUAAUUAUAUAAUGACAUAAACGAUUGCUACAAAACACUUAUAGAGCCUCAAAUGUGUGCAUGUUAGAAAUGGAUUAAGGAAGCAAUGAGCAAAAACUGAUUUUUAAAAAUCUAUGUGAUGCAAAUCUGAAGUCAGUAUUUUUGAAGCAUUCAAUCAAUAUAUAAAAAACCAUCUAUAAAACAAAAACAUACCAUAUUGUAGUCUGCAAGUUGUCCCUGAAAGUCUUUGAUCUCACCAGCUAAAGAUUCUGCUCUAAAAAGGGAGGAAGGGAAAUGUGUUGUUUCUGUUAUGUGCCUUCAAUUCAACUCUCAUAUAAUGUGACCAUCAUAGGAUUUUCUUGGUAAGAUUAUUUGGAGAAUCAUGAUUUUACUUUCUACCCUGCCUUUCCCCCCAGUCUGAGACUCAAAAAGGUUUACAAAAAAAUGUUACUUCCUUUCUUUAUUGCUAACUUACUCUUUUUGCUGAAAAAGUAGUCAUUUUGCCCAAGAUUGAGUAGAUUUCCAUUGCUGAAAGAGGAUUUGGAUCUUCAGGUCCUACCGGUAGUCCAAUACUCAAACUGCAUGCUAGCUAACCAAAAUUUUAAUACAAUGUACACAAAAAUGUGUGUGGCAAACCAAUAAUUUUAAUGAAGACUAUCACAUUUAUAAAUUCUAGCUCACCAUUUUACUAGACUCACCUUUUUUCAUAGGAGAGAUAGACAGAAUUCUCCUGAUUAUACAUGUCCCUUUCUUUCUGAAGCUUGUUAAUUUCUGUAGUAAGCUCACUUAUUUUGCUUCUGUUGAAAAAUAAGCAGGUGGUCACAAUAAGAUAUGUAUUCCAAUAUUUACACAAGCAAUUGGCUUAAUGUGUAUCACACAAUUCUACAGCAAUAUUACAAAAAAAUAACAACCACACAAUCUAAUCACAAUUUAAGACAAAAUUAAAAAACAAAUAAAUAGUAGUAUGUGGAUAUAAAAUUAAAACACAGUUAAAAUAGAAUAAGAAUAUUCAUACAAUUCAAAUUGCAUUUAAAACUAAAUAUCCUUCCCAGCCCUCAGCACAGCCUCCCCAACAGUGUUCCCAUCAUGUCUGCUGACGCACAAAUGUCUUUGAGGAUGGGGCCAUCCUGGUCUCUCAUGGAAGGGAGUUCCAAAGUCUGGAAACACCCACUGAAAUGGCCCUCUCCCUUGUUCCACCAAAUGUAUUUAAGCAGGUGGUGGCACAGAGAGAAGGUCCUCCCCAGAGGAUUCUAACAGGCUCAUACAGUCCUUCAAAUAACCUAGACCCAAGCUGUAUAUGAUGUUGAAAGAAAUGGUUAAGGUCAAAAUUAUAAUGGAAUCCACGUUUUAUUUGUUGAUGCUGCUGAAUGAUUAACUAGAAAGAAAACAUGGAAGAUUACAGCAAUAUAUCAUAACUGAAAUAAGAACUGGGGGAGGCCCUGCUCUCGGUCCCACCUCUGUCACAGGCGUGACUGGUGAGGACGAGACAGGGCCUUCUCAGUGGUAGCCCCUCAGCUAUGGAACUCCUUCGAUCAGCCUCUUCCCUUUUAGCCUUCAGGAAGAAAAUUAAAACAUGGCUUUGGGACCAAGCUUUUGGAGAAUUUGUAGUGCAAUAAAUGAACUUUAAAUACGUGCAAUGAUAACUUGGAAUGGCCCUGGACUACGACUUUGGAUGAUGUGAUUUUAAUAAUUGCUGUAACUGUUUUUAAUUGUUUAAAUUGUUUGGUUUUAAUGUGUUUUACCAAUUGUCUCUUUUUACGGCAUUGAAUUGCGCCAACAUGUAAAGUCACCCUGAGCCCCCCCCAGGUUAAAAAGGGCAGGGUAGAAAUAUGGCAAGUAAAUAAAUAAAUAAAUAAAUCGUCUAUGCUCA